GAUGACGAGAGUGUGUCCGGCCGUCAUCCCCCAGGAAUCCAAAACAAGAGUUGUGCAUAGGCGUUUGGGUGGCCGAGUGUUUUUACAAACACGUGUAAAGAAGUGUCGUUCUUUUUUAAAGACUUUUACAAACUCCUUCGCCGCAGUCCAGGAGACCGCGCCGCAAGCGACAGCUCGAUUCUCGGUGACAACCUACGCAGAACGGACGACUUUUGCAAUGGAAAUCCUCCGAACCUGUUGAACGGGGGCUGCAAUGUCAAAUAUUUAUACGCUUGAAAAAUCCUCUUUCAACCGUUUCGUCGGGGUACCAUGGAGCAGCCCAGCACGCAGCAAGAGCAGCAGCAGCCACCUUUGGGUGCAAGCGCAAUGCCGUUGGCACAGGGGGACCGCGUCAGCACUUCGGAGAAACCCCCGUGCCAAGUGCGGUCGCCGCAGGCCUGUCACUCGGAGACCACAGUUACCAGUCCUUCGAGCGAGGAGCCUCCCCAGUCCCUGUACCACAUUAAGUGGAUGCGAUGGAACAACCAGAAGACGCCCAUCAUCACACAGAAUGAGAACGGCCCCUGUCCGCUGAUUGCCAUCAUCAACGUGUUGACACUCAAAGGGCUCAUCAAGCUUCCACACACUCUUGAUGUGAUCACGGUAGAACAGCUGAUGGAGCAUCUGGGAGACUGCAUCCUGUCUUCGAUACCCAAGGACAUUCCGGAGAGUGCGCAGUUGAACUACGAGCAGAACAUGCAUGAUGCCAUGGCCAUCUUACCGAAGCUGCAGACUGGUUUGGAUGUCAACGUGCGGUUUACAGGGGUGAAGGACUUUGAGUACACCCCGGAGUGCAUAGUGUUUGACCUGCUGCGCAUCCCGCUCUACCACGGCUGGCUGCUGGACCCGGAGAGUCCCGAGGUGCUGGCGGCCGUGGGCAACUGCAGCUACAACCAGCUCGUGGAGAAGAUCAUCAACAACAAGUGCUCUCCCCAGCCAGAGGUCGUCACCGAAGCCCUCAUAGCGGAGACGUUUCUGGAGAGGACGGCCACCCAGUUGACCUACCACGGCCUGUGCGAGCUGAACACCACACUGAUGGAGGACGAACUGUGCGUGCUCUUCCGCAACAAUCACUUCAUCACCCUGCACAAACACAAGGACCACAUGUACCAGCUGGUGACGGAUCAGGGUUUCUUGAACGAGGCAGACGUCGUCUGGGAGACGCUCAUCAACGUGGAAGGGGACGGCCAGUUUGCCGACUCCGACUUUGUUGUCAAACCCCCGAAGCCGCGCAACCUGACGACGGAGCAGCAGAUCGACCAGGACUACCUGGUUGCUUUAAGCUUGCAACAGGAGCAAGAGAAAGGUGGCAGUGAAUGGUCCCAGGCGCGCUGCGACAACGCCGCCUCCUGGGCAGACGAGGAGCUUGCAAAGCAGCUGCAAGAGGAGGAGAACCACAGGGCGGGCUCAAGGUCCUCCGGAGGGCGCAGCAGUACGCCGCAGGGCGCCGAGGCCCACCAGCCUGGCACGAGCCACCCAAGCCCAGCCUCCAAGAAAGACGUACGACGCGCUUCUGCUUGUAGAUCUCUGUCGCAGUCCUUCGGCUCUGGGGUGCGCCGGUUGCUCACGCGUUGUUACACACUACCGUAAUGCCACGAGAGAUGC